AUGCCCGUGCUGCUCCGUUCCUGCACGCUCACCAGUCAAGGCAGUGUUAAUCAGAUCACUCAGGGUGAGCCCCAGAAGUCAUGCUCCAAGCCUGUAGCAGACGAAGUCACAGAGAGCUGCCAGGAAAUUUGCCAGUGCAGGCCACCUCCGCCGUUACCACCACCUCCUCCACCUCCACCACCCCCGAGGUUGCAGGUGGUGCCAACUCCCAAGUCUACCUUUUGUCCCACUGAAGAGACCUGGUGGCCAGGCCUGGUUAUUAUCAUUGCAGUAUGCUGUGCCACACUAGUGUUCCUCUUCAUAGUUGUCAUCAUUUGCUACAAAGCCAUAAAAAGGAAACCAAUGAGAAAAGAAGAGAACGGAACCAGUCGGGCUGAAUAUGCAAUGACCUCCUCCCAGAACAACAAAACAGUUGAUAACAAUGCGGUCGUAUAA